CCUGUCAAUUCAUGAGAACCCUCGAAACCCGAGGAUAAGGAGUAGAGAUCCCCGACUAACCGAGAGCUUUUGCAACUGCCGUCCAAAGGCCAAGUUGGAAGUCGUUUUUGUUCGCAAGUAACCAAUGCGACACCACGGCAGUUGUGAAUCGCCCCAUUGCCGAAGUUGCACAUUGCUGGUCACUUGGUAGAGUACUGGCGUAAACAUGCGUAGAACAUAUAAACAGCCUGCUGCAGCUGAUGGGUCAAAAGGCAUCCUUUGUGUAUCACUCAUUCAUACCCUCUAAUCUCCAUUCUCUUCAACCGGGUCUAUUCAUACCAUACCACUUAACAUCGGCAUCACAACUUCCGAACAUCGUGAAGUUUAACACAUCAUGAUCAUCGGCGAGUUACUGCCGCUCCUGAUGGCUUAUUGGCCCAUCGUACUUGCAGCAUCAGCAGCCGCAUAUCUCCUUAACAACAAAUUCUAUAAGGGCCUGAACAAAUACCCAGGCGUCCCGAUAGCAGCCUACACAAACUGGUGGCGCUUCUUCGAAGUAUGGGGACAGAAGACAGAGUACACACAUGUCGCUCUUCACAAGCAACAUGGUGAUAUUGUCAGACUUGGUCCUAAUGUACUAUCAUUUGCCGACCCCAAGGCCAUCAAGAUCAUCUAUGGUCUGAACAAGGGUAUGACCAAGUCAGACUUCUAUCCUGUCCAGCAAGCAGUUUCGAAGGGCAAGCGUCUACAAUCGCUCUUCUCUACCACCUUCGAGGACUAUCAUGCCAAGUACAGAAGAUGCGUCAACGGCGCUUUCGCCAUGUCUUCGCUCGUUGAGUACGAGCCUCUGGUAGACAGCACAACAGACGUCUACAUCGAGCGUACAAAGGAGCUUUACUGCGGAGAGAAGGGCCAGAGAUGUGACUUCACUCGCUGGUUGCAAUUUUACGCCUUCGAUGUCAUUGGCGAGUUGACCUGGAGUAAGCGUCUGGGAUACAUUGAGAAAGACCAGGAUGUUGAUGGUAUCAUCGAGUUCUUGAACAAGUUCCUCUCAUACGCUGCACCUAACCCUCUCAAGCUUCAACUCGAGAAAUGGGGCAUCAACAAGAAGGUCUUCCCUGUCACAAAAUUCGCACUUGACCGCUCAGGCGAACGCAAGGACGAGAUGCAGAAGGUCCGCGAGACUGGAAUUGUCGAGAAGCGUCCUGGCCGUGGUAUCGAUCUUCUCACCAAGUUCAACCAAGCUCAACACGAUCACCCUGAAUUCAUGACUGAUGCCCAAGUACUGGCAGCAUCAACAAGUAUGGUCUUUGCUGGAAGCGAGACUACUGCUAUCAGCUUGAGCAGUAUAUUCUAUCACCUCGUCAGACACCCCAAGGUCUAUGAAAAGCUUAUGCAAGAGCUUGACGAUGCAGCAGAGACUGGUGCUAUCCAGCAAAGAGAGAACAACAAAGUAUCCUGGGCGGAGAGUCAGAAGCUACCUUACCUCGAUGCUGUCAUUCAAGAGUCUUUCCGCAUGCACCCUGCUGCUGGUUUGAUCCUUGAACGCAUCACACCCGCCCAAGGCAUUGAGAUUUGCGGCGAACACAUCCCUGGCGGUGUGAUCGUUGGCUGCAACUCAUGGGUCCUCCACCGUCGUCCCGAAGUCUUCGGCGCCGACGUCGAGACUUUCAGACCAGAGCGUUGGAUCGAUGCCGACCCAUUGAAGUUGAAGGAAAUGAAGGCUACCAUGUUCCAGUUUGGCGCUGGCGCCAGAACAUGCAUUGGCAAGAACAUCAGCUUGUUGGAGAUUUACAAGCUGGUACCGACUUUCCUGAGAACCUUUGAAAUCGAGAUGGCUUGUGACGACUGGAAGACGAGAAACGCAUGGUUUGUCAGACAGAGCGAGUUUUACACGAACUUCAAGUUGAGAAGUGUGCCUCGCGAGGUUCCUGUAUAG